AUGAAGGUCCUCCCUUCCUUGCUACUCAUGGCAGCCACUGCCGAUGCCCACUUCCGCCAGACCAAGAACUACCAGGGCAACUUUGGCGUGACCGACGUCAACUCCCAGGACAUCCGCUGCUUCCAGAUGAAGCCCGGAACGUCGACCGCCACCGUCAAGGCCGGCGAGAAGCUGGGGUUCGUCGCCAUGUCAUCCAUCACCCAUUUCGGCCCCGUCUCCUUUUACAUGGCCCGCGUGCCUGAGGGGGCCAACAUCAACACCUGGGAAGCGGCAGGAAACGUGUGGUUUAAGGUCGCCGAGAUCUCGGCCGUGGCGGGCGCCGGAGGUCUCACUUCAGGGGAAGCGACCUGGCCUGCGUACAACAAGCAAACCGUCGAGUUCACCGUCCCCAAAAGCGUCCCCAGCGGCAAGUACCUCGUCCGUGUGGAGAGCAUUGCGCUGCACCAAGCCCAAAACCCGGGCGGCGCCCAGAUCUAUCUCUCGUGUGCUCAGAUCGAGCUGACGAAUGGCGGAAAUGGCUCUCCGGGGCCGCUGGUUUCGUUCCCGGGUGCGUACGGCACGAAUGAUCCCGGCCUGCUGUGGUCAUAUUAUCCCGUGCGGACGAGCUACAAGGCUCCUGGGCCGAAUGUUUGGCAGGGCUGA